AUGGCCAACGAUACCGAUCCGAAAGACCAGCCGUCAGAGCCACAAUCCAGUCCAGCUGAACCCACACCCUCCCCGUCGCCCGAGAAGGAACCGCCCGCCGCACCAGCUCCGACCCCCGUCGAACCUAUCACCCCAGAACCAGAACCAGAACAAGAACAAGAACCGGAACAAGAGCAAGAGCAAAAGGAAUCAAUACCCCUUACCCGUUCCCAGUUAAUCGAACAGGCUCUCCGCUUCCUCCAAGAAUCCGAAGUCCAAAACUCCACGCGAACCAAGAAAAUCGCGUUUCUGGAGAGUAAGGGGUUAACUCGCGAUGAGAUCGAUGGUCUCCUCCCCGUCGAAAAGGGCGUUCCCAGCUGGCAGCUCCCGAAAUCCGGAUUGAAGAAACCGAUGGUACAAGCUGAACCUCCCAUGCCGCCGAUGCCGAGCGAGAGCUCCGCCAGUGCCGGGAGUAGUAAUAGAGCUCAUCGGAACGUCCAUGCUUCUUCGAUGGUAUCAACCGGCACAUCCACAUAUCCUCAAACCCCCCUCCCUCCUCGGCCAAAUGCCUCGGCUCCAAUUGUCACUUUCCCCGAAUACCUCCCCCCACCCCCACCUCCUCCACCAAUCUUCAACACCGCAACCCUAACCGCAGGAGCCUACCUCUUCGCUGGUGUCUCAGCCACGAUCUAUGCCGCUACAAAAUACUACUUCCAACCCCUCAUAGACAAUUUAACCGACUCCCGUCUCGAAUUUACCUCCCACACCCUCUCCAAGCUCGAUGAGAUGAACCAAAAGCUCUCAGACCUAGCCCACCGCCCUCUCCCCUCAGAAACCCAUCCAAACCCUCCAUUUGGAGUUUUACAACAUAAAUAUCCUCUAGCGAAAUACACCACCCGAACAACAUCAGACACAUUCUCCGAAGCAGACCUACUAGACGACGAAGCCGACAGAGAGAGUAUAUACUCCUACGCUUCAUCAACUCUACCAACUCGUACCUUCCACGUAGACGCACAAACCCAGACCUCACCUCACCAUUCAAUCGCCUCGGCUUCAGACCCAACUUCCCUACCACCCGAUGAAAAACUAGAUCGCAUCCACCGUCUUUUAAAAUCACUAAAAGACGAAGCAGACGAUGUAGUCCAAUCCGACGGCGGGGAGUUAGGUGGAAACGUAAAAGACUUGACGGAGUAUCUACAUAAUAUUACUUAUAAGGCUACAUACGGUGGCAAUAGCGCAAAUAGCUAUCUCCCACCAUACGUUAGUAUCUCUGGAGGUGCUGGGGCGCAAGGCAAAGGUGACGAAGAUGAGUUUGGAAAAGUGAAGGCUGAGAUUAGGAGUGUUAAGGGAGUACUUUUGAAUAUAAAGAAUUUCCCAGCCGGAAGUCGGUAG